GAGAGGGAGAGAUGCAGAAAGGGAGCGGCAGGGACGAUUCCACGCACUAAAUAAGCAGUCACUCCAGGAGUCACACUGUUGUCGUCAUCACAUCUAUUUUUCCAGGGGAAGUACAUAUGAGCAGGUUGCACAUAUUGACAGAUGAGAAUACUUGAAGCAGAGUCCUUGUGAGACAAACUGAUUGAUUUUUGCAGGUGGAUAUCAGUUUGUUAACCAACGGUCCGCUGGAGAAACAAAAGCAGUUGCCAUGGAAACUAUUUUGCUCAUCGUCUCUUCACUCCUUGUAUAUAUGACUGCUGCAACAAACACUGAUACAGAGGGGGCAACCAAUACAUCUGAAAACCCAUUUAUUUAUGACUAUGAGACCUUGAGGAUUGGGGGAUUGGCAUUUGCAGUGGUGCUGUUUACACUUGGCAUUCUUCUAAUCCUCAGUCGGCGAUGCCGCUGUGGUAUUAAACAGAAGCCCAGGGCCCCCGGAGAUGAAGAGGCACAGGAGGAGAAUCUGAUUGUCUCCAAGGCUGCAGCAGCUGCCAAGGAGACUCCACCAGAGAACUGAGGCAACUCUAAAGAACUACCUUCUGAAAUGAAGAUUUUAUUUGAUACUUGUCUACAAUAAUAGUGAAGGUGUGGGUGAUUAUUAUUACCGGUCAUGCGAUAGGGUAAGAGGGGAGGUAUAUGUUUAGAGGAGUAAUGCUGAUAUGUACAUAAUUCUUGUGCCUGCUGUUCUUCGUUGUGAUCAUGCCAGUCCCUCCCUCGCUGCCUGUGCUCUUGUCCAUUCCUGUGCCUUUCUGUGACCGUGUCUCCACUUCAUUGUCGUAGCCAGUAGCACCUUUAAUGCAAGAUUGUCUUUAAAAGAAAAGAAGACUUUCAAAUCUUGUGUGACCUGCUGUUCCUAAUUGUUUUGUUAAUUGUCCAGCGUCAUAUUUUGCCACAGUUAGAAUAUAACACAUACAUAUAUAUAUAUAUAUAUAUAUACAGUAUAUAUAUGUAUCAAUACGAUAUGUGUAUAAGUAGUACUGACAGUUCACAGAAAUAUGAAUAUCUUCAUUUACGUUUAAGUGUGAAUGGCUGGGUGUGUUUGUGUGGCCACAUGAGUGUAGUUAUGUGUGCAUGCAUAUCCUGUAUGUGUAUGAUUGUGUGUACAUCACAAGUGCAUGUGCAUCUCUACAUGCAAGUGUGAUGAGCCUUAUAUAAGACAAUCUCAACUGCCACAGCUCUCUUGAGGGAGCACAGUAGUGUGCAGGUGCCUGCAUGGGCCCCUCCACCGCAGUGUUUAACAGUUCAUAGUGGAGGAAGCUUCUGCAUCAGCUAUCUCACUGCCACCUUCUCCACAUAUCCACUCCACUGCUCUGUCACUGGCUCCGUCAGGAUUAGCUAGUCUCCAGCAGGCUAUAAUUAGUUUUCCCAUACACACUCACUGGUGCCACAAAUCUGUCGAGCCAGGGUAUCGUUCUUUUCUCUUUGUUAUUUGUUUAGUCAGUCUCAUGAUGUUUUAAAUAACUAGACAUGCAUUACACUGCCGGAAGAGAGAUUAAGUUUGUCUGUGGAGUUUGAGAGUCGUGAUAUUGAUAUUAUUUGUUUGCCAGACUACAUUAAUAGUAGCCUAAUGUAAGCCAAAUUAUAGAGAGAGUAUAGAUGACUAGUCCUUGUUGUCACCCUGCUGCCAGGUCGGGUUUUAACCAGUAUUAAGUCUGAAAUUAAACAUGACAGCUAAACAAGUAAAUAUGUUCAUUCUUCACACAAGAGCCUUGUUGUGUGGCAACCUGUUGUGCUUUGGCAUAAAUAAAAGUGGCGGAACACAAAA